AUGGACCUCGACCGACGUGGGCUUCUCGAGCGAAAGCUCACCCCAACUCCUGUCUUUAUGCGACUCCGUGACGAAUCAUCGUCUACCGGCACAGAACAUGUUGCAACACCAAGCUCUACCAUCGCCCCUUACACCACUGCCCUCAAUGGCGUUAAUCAACCAGUCAACAUGCUUUUUGUGGAUGUCUUGUGGUGGACCCUUGGAAUUACUGGACUUGUCAUUCUCGCCAUUAGGAUAGGCCAGCUCGUAUGGGCUCAGUUCCGACUGCUUAGCGCCAUGUCCCAGCCUGGAGAUCGUCAAAGCUACUGGAAGUUCACUCAGUGGGAUUGGAUGCCCGGAUUGAAGAAGGGUCUCGUCUAUGCCCCUCUCUGGAAGAAACGCCACAACCGCGAGAUCCGUCUUUCCAGCGCCGUCAACAUGGGAACACUGCCGUCGAGAUUUCACGCUUUCCUCUUAUUUGGCUACCUUGCCAGCAAUCUGGCCUACAUGUUUGUCCUGGACUGGAAGCAGGAGAACAAGUAUGCGCUGUGCGCUGAGAUGAGAGGCCGCGCCGGGACUCUCUCGGUCGUGAACAUGGUACCGCUCAUUAUCUUCGCCGGCCGUAACAACCCCUUGAUUGCCUUGCUCGGCGUGAGCUUCGAUACCUACAAUUUGUUCCACCGCUGGUUGGGCCGGAUCUCGGUCGUUGAAGUGCUUGUUCACCUAGCCGCAUGGACCAUUGCGCAGGUUGCAGCCACAGGAUGGCAAGGCGUGCGUCAUAGGAUUCUACACGACGUUUUCAUCACUUCCGGCACGGUUGGCGUCGUCGCCAUGUUUCUCUUGAUGUUCCUGUCCUUCUCGCCGAUUCGCCAUGCGUUCUAUGAGACUUUCCUCAAUGGCCACAUCAUUUUGGCUAUCAUCGCCUUCGUCUGCACUUACAUUCACUGCAUCACCUCGGCCGUUGGCCUUCUCCCUCAAACGCCCUGGAUGGUCGCCAUCUUUGCCCUCUGGAUCGCCGAACGCUUUGCCCGCAUGCUGCGCCUGGCCUACUACAACUGGUCGAGCAGAGGCUUCACCGAAGCCAUCGUGGAGCCAAUGCCCGGUGAGGCCUGCCGCGUUACCAUGCAUCUCCCGCGGUUUGUAAACAUCAAGCCAGGUCAACACGCAUACCUUCGGUUUGCGGGUGUCCGUCCUUGGGAGAACCAUCCGUUCUCUAUCGCUUGGUAUGAACACACAUACGAAAACGACGUCCUUCCGAUCAGCGAGAAGGACGACCGGAAACCCGGAAAACCCGUCUCCACGACCGUAUCCUUCAUCAUCGGUGCCCACACGGGCUUCACACGCCUGCUCUACGACAAGGCAUCUCAGUUCCACGGCCGCUCAAUCUCGCUGCGUGCUGCCUUCGAGGGCCCCUACGCCGGGCACCAUAGCAUGGACAGCUACGGCCACGUCGUGCUCUUCGCCGGCGCCACGGGCAUCACCCAUCAAAUCAGCUAUCUGAGACAUCUCAUCGAGGGUUAUAACAUGGGUACGGUCGCAACACGCCGCAUUACCCUUGUCUGGAUCGUCCGUGACUACUCGCUCCUCGAGUGGGCGCGCCCUUGGAUGGACAAGAUCCUGCGUCUGCCUCGCCGGAAGGAGAUCCUGCAGAUCAGGCUCUUCGUCACGCGGCCUAAGAAUGCUGCGCAGGUGUCGUCGAGCUCGAAUACCGUCCAGAUGUUCCCCGGCAGACCUAACAUCCCCAUGCUCUUGGCUAAGGAGGUUUAUGAGCAGAUGGGUGCCAUGUGUGUGUCGGUUUGCGGACCGGGCGGUUUGGCGGAUGAUGUGAGAGACGCCGUGCGGAAGGUGCAGGAUGAGGGGACAGUUGUGGAUUUCGUUGAAGAAAGCUUUACGUGGUGA